CGAAAUAAUUAGACUUUAAGCAUCUAUAGGUGGCUUUUCAAAUCCGCCAUCAAAUUUGAGGGCACCCUGGAUGGACGGUAGAAACUAUCAAACUGGAGUAUGAUAAGGGUAGAGAGAAUUUUUGGUGGAGCAGUGAAAUGCAUAGAUAUUGGAAAGAACACCAACGGACAAAUCUUGUAAUGCCAUGUUAAAAUUGUUUACAAUGCAUCCACACCUCUUUUAACAGUGGUUCCUCCACAAUGGCUGGCUGAGAAAAACAAUUAAGGGACCAUUUAUGUAGGACUUGGUAGUGGAAGAUUUACUAUUAAUCUAAAAUGACAGAGUUGGCAAUCUAAGCUUUCCAGUUGUCCAUCUUUUAAAGACCACAGCUUCAUCCCCGAAGACAUUGGCUUUCCAAUGAAUGGGGAAUUGAGAAGGUUGCAGGCUAACUUCAUGAAUCGGUACACUGCUCCCUUGGUCCAGACAGUGGAUACCUCCCGUAUCUGUGAAGGGCAAGGGAGAAAAAGAUACUACUGUUCCCUUCAAUCAUGCUACCUCUACCACCAUCUGUGACCCACUUGUACCCAAGAGAAAAGGAAUCCAUCAUUCACCUCAUGCUCACAGCCUCCUCCAGUCUUGACCUUCAAGUCACUCUACUCUCUGUUCCCACUAAUACAGAUGGCAUGCUCUUUGUAUAAUGUUGUUCCCAUAAUGAUCUGGUAAACAAUUAAUUAACCUCACCGAAAGUGGGAGUGCUCAUGAAGCCUACUCCACCUUUUAUAUUCUUGGAAUUUCUUAAGCACUUCAAAUAUUUCUGGUAUACCUUCAAAUUCUUAUCUAGUAACAAUCUUUUGAAACUGUUCACGGUUGUUCACACACUAUUCAGGACUGUUCAUAAUAUUUGUAACAAUGUAGCCCUCAUCUUCCAUAGCCCAUAACAGCCCACAGCAAUCAACAAUGGCUUUCUCUUGAACAGAUGAUUAAUGAUGUUAUUUGCUUCUUUGCUGUACCUCACAGUUUUUGUUUUCCUUAGAACUAUGAUUGUUUUAAUUCUCUAUAAAAUUUUGAUGUAUUUUUUGUAUGCCUUUAAUAUUUUUCAACACAAGAAACAGCAUAAUGACUACUAAUGUUUAUUGGUCCCAUUCCCACCUAAUCAAAGCAAGACUAUCACAACGGCUAAAACACCUCUCCCGCUCAUAAAACCUCUCCUCUUCACAUCUUCCAAUCACCUCUCUCUCUCUUCCCAAAUGGCAAACCAAAGCAUAGGAGAAGAGCAGGAAGCCCUCUUUCAAUCCUCUCCAUGCGCCCUCUACUAUGUUCAGAGCCCUUCCACUGCCUCCCAUGCCAACAGCCACCCUUCAGAGUCUGCCUUCCUCUCUCCCUUCACACACGAGACCUUUGACAAUAACCAAUCCCGGGAGGGCUCCCGCUUCACCCUCUCCCGCUACUCCUCCUCCCGGGGAUCCAACAACUCCUUCCUUCAUGAAAAGAAGAUGGCAUAUGACGACCUCCAGAGCAAUGACAGCCGCUUUAAAAGUGGCGGCCGCCAACGUCUUAAGAUCAUUACCGGCGAUGAGGAUGAUGCCGGUGAUGGUAUUAGGAGAAGGAAUGGACUUUGGAAGUUUGUCUCUUUAGAUCCUUCUUCAUCCUUCUUCUGCGUCGCAUUUCAGGUCAUUUGGAGGCUUCUUCUCAGCAUGGGGCUUGCACUGUUCGUAUUCUACUUGGCGACGAAGCCGCCGGCCCCGAACGUUUCCUUCAAGAUAGCGGCAGUCAAACAAUUUCAUCUUGGAGAAGGGCUGGAUAAUACGGGCGUUGUGACAAAAAUCUUGACUUGCAAUUGCUCCAUGGAUAUGGAGGCAGACAAUUAUUCCAAGGUCUUUGGCUUGCAAAUCCGCCCACCAACCAUUGAAAUGGCUUUCGGACGCUUCAAAUUUGCAAGUUCUCAGGGUGAGGAAUCAUAUGUCGGCAGUGAAAGUUCUCUAACAUCAAGGCAGUACGUAGGUGCGAAGAACAAGCCAAUGUAUGGAGCUGGCCGGAGCAUGCAAGACUUGCUGGAGUCUGGUAGGGGCUUGCCUUUGGUGGUUAGAGUGAAGUCAAGAUCUAGUUAUCAUGUAGUAUGGAGCUUGGUUCGACCAAGGUAUCAUCACCAUGCAGAGUGUCUCCUGAUCCUCAAAGGUUCAUAUGAUGAGAAACAUCAUACUCAGAUAUACAACAGUACUUGCAUCUUCUCCACUUCUCAUGCGUGAGAGGCAUGACAUACUCCAAUUCCUUUUGUGCAUAGAGGCUUUGCUUCAAUUUUUUGGUUAAGUGGUUGAUAUAUACUAAAUUAUCAGGUUUUGCAAGUAACAAUAUGUUUAUCUA